AUGGCUAUGGUUAGCCUUGAGAAUAGUUUUUCUCCACAAGAGACUCUACAAGAAUUUUCAGACAAACUCACUUCAAUGCUACCUUUAGUUUCCGAACUAGAAGAUAUAAUACAAAUGGGUGUUCUCAUGUGGAGACUUGAUCUUCUCAAGUCAGGUGCAGACUAUACCAAGUCACAACUUCACAUGGUACAAGGAGAAGUUCUACUUCUUGCAAGUGGGAGUGGGAAUCUGCCACCUAGUAGAGAAGCAGACCGACUGUUUAAGUCGCUGAAAAACUGCAAAGUUCGGUACUUUAGGAACCGGGGUGACAGACUACUCAUGGAGGAUGGCUUCAACCUUCUAACUGUCAUAAAAGGAGUAAAAAUGUACCGCCGUGGUAGACAAUGGGACUGUGUGAACGAUUUCCUGUCACCCACAUUAAGUGAAUUCAACAGAACAUUUGGUGAAGAUUUCAAACUGUUUCAUCAGUUACUGAGCCCAGCCAUGCUCUCUACAAUGAAAAAUGGGGAAAUUGUCCAUGGCCUUGCCGGUGUUCCUGACAAAGGUCCUGUCUUGUUUGUGGGAUAUCACCAACUCCUGGCCAUAGAGUGGGCUGCACUGAUUGAAGGGUUCUUGAGGGAGAAAAAAACAGUUAUCCGAACAGGGGCCCACCAUGUAUUUUUUGCUGGAAAUUAUGAGACACUACGCCAGGAGUUGUCUCUAUUUGAUUUUGUUUCUAUAUACGGCGCGGUUCCAGUCGGUCCGAUCAAUAUGUACAAAUUGUUUGAGAGAAAUGAAUUUGUUCUCCUCUAUCCAGGCGGUGUGAGAGAAGCUCUACAUAGGAAGGGCGAAGCAUACAAAUUGUUUUGGCCAGAUCAAACCGAAUUUGUAAGAAUGGCGGCACGGUUUGGAGUUACUGUCAUACCAUUUGGUUGUGUGGGAGAAGAUGACUUUUUGGAGAUAGUUGUGGACUACAAUGAUCAAAAGAACAUACCAUAUAUUAGAGACGAGAUAAAGUCAUUCAACAGAGAUUUUAUAAGAUUAAGGGACACUAUGAAAGGAGAGGAUGGGAAUCAAGUCUUGCAUCUGCCUGUUGUUUUCCCAAAAUUACCAGGGCGGCUAUAUUUCCUAUUCGGGAAGCCAAUUGAGAUGAAAGGAAUGGACAAUGUGUUGACAGAUAGGAAGAAGGCAAACCAAGUAUAUUUUCAAAUCGAAUCAGAAGUGCAGAAUGCAAUGUCUUACCUAAAGAGGAAGAGAAACGACGAUCCUUACCGGAGUAUUGUGCGACGUGCGUUGUACCAGGCAACUUGGGGUCCUUCUGCUCUAGUGCCUACUUUCGAACCGUGA